AUGUCCCACUCCACUCCACACCCUCCCUUCAACCCGGCGGCGAUGGCUGGCCAGCCACCCGGCAGAUUCCAAGCCAAAAAUCUGGUCUAUCUCAGGAUAUCGCGCCGAUGCGUGCUGAUGACCAAGAUCCUGGUCGACCCCCCCCACCUGGGCUGGUUCGAAGCCAACGCCAGAGCCAUCCUCGCCAAGCUCAUCGAGAUCCUCAAGCCGAGGGUGCUCACCAAGCUGCACGACGAAACCCACUCGACCGCCAGGAAGAGCAAGCUGGACAUCUACCGCGGCUCGGGCUUCCAGUUUGGGUACUACUUCAGAAACCUCUCCUACCAGCACUCGAUCCUACUCAAAUCCAGAGAAACCAUCCAUCCGAUCGAAACCGAACCCCAAAAAGACGACCCCGAGCAGCUGGAAGAGGAAGACACCAAACCAUCCUGCGCCCUCAAAGUGCACUAUGAGCCCUUUUCAAUCUUCGGCAAAUCCCUCAUGGUCAUAAUCGAGCCUUUUCCGUUAGCCGGUCCGUCCCAAACCGAGAACCCACCACCGUCUGCCGCUGACGCGAGACCAAAACCAAAGCACCCUCGAGCCCAGCCGACUCGCCCUGGGAAACCGCUGUUCGUUCCUGAGGACGAGGAUGGAGAAACCCUGGAAGACAUCAGCUUGGAUCUCAACCAGCCACACCAAACCCUGCUCUCCCAACUCAUCAAAGACCCCACCUCGGACCGUCAGUUGGACCCCAAGGCAUACACCGAGGUAGCUUCCCUCGACGGUAUACUCGCGAAAGUCGACACCAUGCCGGCCUAUGCCGGCGUCUGGCGGAGAGCCUCGCGGAAGCCGGCCGAGUCGUCCCACAGCCCAGUCCCCUCUCUGGCCUGA